GAGCCCAGCCCAUCUCCAGAGUUUCAAAACCCCAUCACCAUCGCACAAACCACAAAAAGCCAAACGGCCCCCACAAAGUCAACGUUACCAACUCCACCAACCCCGACAUAGAAACACCAUGUUCACCCAGUACCCAUGCCAUUUCUCUCUCUCUCCAUCUCCCUCUCCUCCGAAGACAGAGAAGACAACCCCAAUGAUGACCCUGAGAAUUGUAUCACCAUCGGAACGUAUCCCUCCAAGCAUCAGCAUCAGCAUCGCAUCACCAAAGGUCAGGUCAGGUCAGAAGACAGACACGCGCAACUCGGCGCAAAAUGGACACCAUCCACUCCCCAUCCACAAACACCACCAAACUCCCAGAGAGCGAAAGCUAAAGCGAAAGCGAAAGCGAAAGCUACACAAAGCAACAACAUAAAUACCACCACCACUGCCUCUUGCUCACAAACCAAACAACAACCAACACAAACCCCAAACCCCAUAGCUAUAUCUUUCCAAACCCUCACCCCAAAAACACAAGGCAGAAUGCGGUUCAUCAUCCCCCUCACCCUCCUGCUCACCUCGCUGGCGCUCGCGGCGCCGACCGCCGACGCCGAAGCGGAUACGGCUGAUGCUGCUGCGGCGGUGGUCGACGAUGCGCCCGCGGACGAGGCCAACACCCAGUGGUGUCGGCGCGGGUAUGACCAGUGCAUGAACAAUUGUCAUCGGAAUCAUGGGGGGCAGCGGUGUUAUCAUGCUUGUUGGGUGCAUUACUGCCAGUGAUUGCAUUGCGGUGCCGCUUGCUGGGAGGGAGGGAGAAGAUUGGGAGUAGGGGUUGAGGCUGAGGUUGAGAUGAGGUUGAGGUUCGGAGGAGAACGUCUCACUGGAGAAACGCAGGGGAGGUUGUGGCUGGUGUGGAAGGCAGGGGGGACAGAGUGUCUAUCAUUGUUGACGUCGACUGAAGGAUCAUGGAAUAUCCAACUACUGUCAUUCAUUAUAUAUAGCCUAACCCACCAAUGAAGAAAUUGCGCAAUCACUUCUCGAAUU